CAGCGUCAGCGGUGUUGAAACAACACGCGUGGUCUAUGGACACAAGCGGCAGGAUGAGCAGGAGUCAGAUCCAGGGUGACUGAAACAUUUCCGACAGGACACAGCAGCAGAGAGGCAACAGCUGCGGCUCUGACAGGUUCUAGAUUUGACCAGUGACAAACAUCUCUGAAGCUCUAGUGCUCAAACAGAAUGCCAGAAACAUCGUUGCAAGCGUGCAGCCUCUAAAUCAUGGGAAAUAUUGAGAGCCAGAUUGGGGACCAUGGUCUUUACAGUAACGAGCGGGGCCAUUGGUCACGUAAACAAAUGUCCCGUUCUCUUCGUAUCUCCAACAAGCAGUCCAGGCGUUCUCGGCAUGCUUCAUCUGGCAAAAUAGAGCACAGGAACUCUGAGACAAGCACGCGCUCCAGUAGCACCCCCAGUAUCCCACAAUCCCUUGCUGACAAUGGCCUGGAACCUUUCAAUGAGACCAACAUCCUCCCAGAUUUUGGAAGUCCGAUUUGGGUAGACCGCGUGGCCAUGAACCUUAGACCUGUGUCCUUCCACCAUGACCUGGCCAGUCCUUCGGUGCACAGGAACACGAUACACAUCACCCUGCCUGGACCCACUGCAGAUGAGCUGCAGGAUGACGACACGUACAUGGGAGAAGUGACUUAUCUUCAGAAAACUUUGGAUGGGACUAAACAAACGAUUGUCUUCUCAAAGAAAAGGUCCAAAUCAGCAGACAUGUGGCGAGAUGACAGCCUGGAGUUCUCCCUGUCGGACCUCAGUCAGGAACAGCUGACCAGCACAGAGGAGAUCAGAGACGCAGCCCAUGUGAGGGACUUUACUGACUGUGAAGGCCGCUUUCAUCGCAGCCCCACAGACUGCACUGACAGGGCAAACUCUUUGGAAGAGCUGUACAGGCAGAAGAGCCCAACUCGCAAGCAACCCCAUGCCCGCUUUGCCAAGUGGCACAAUGCCAGCAGGACUAUGAGGGAGGGUGAGGAUGAUAAAAUGCGUUCUCCAUCACAGGAGGAUGGCAACAGUUACAGUGCAUUUACCCUACCAUGCCGACGUUCCCACUGUCUGUCUGAAGGCCUGCGUAGCCACCAGGCUGCCAUGUCUGCUAAUAUGCAGGGCAGGAGGGCAAAGACUAUACAGGAUGUCACAGCCGGGGAUUGCAGUGAGUAUGAGGACAGUGGAAUCGAUGGCGUCACCGUGGAGCAGGAGCACCAGUCCAGACGUUACAAGACCAUGUCUGCCUCCUUCUCCGUUUGCUCGGCAAACGGAAGAAGUAUGUUUGCCGGAAGUGAUAGUGGAAGCAGCAGUGGCGGCGGUGGCCCCAACGAGUGUGUGCAGGGUGUGUAUGAGAACUUCCGGCAGGAAUUGGAGAUGAGUUCCUGCCAAACGGAGAGCUUGGAGGAGGCGGGUUCUGCCUUAAGUGAUGAACAGAGUACAAUGAGCUCCGCCUACCAGUCUGACCCCAUGCUCAGUGUCACUCAGGGAAUGGUGCGAAAAGCUGGCAGGCUGGCAGUCAAGAACUUUCUUGUACACAAGAAGAACAAGAAAGUGGAGUCAGCCACCAGACGCAAGUGGAAAAGUUACUGGGUGUCUCUGAAAGGUUGCACUCUGUUCUUUUAUGAGACCAAUGGCAGUUUAGGGAUCGACAACAGCAGUAUCCCCAAGCAUGCCAUCUGGGUCGAGAACAGCAUUGUGCAGGCUGUACCAGAACAUCCAAAAAAAGACUUUGUGUUUUGUCUCAGCAACUCCCUGGGAGACGCUUUUCUGUUCCAAACCUGCAGCCAGACAGAGCUGGAGAACUGGAUCACAGCAAUCCACUCGGCAUGUGCCACUGCGGUGGCCCGCCAACACCACAGAGAAGACACAGUUCGGCUGCUGCAGGCCGAGAUCAAGAAGCUGGAGCAAAAGAUCGACAUGGACGAGAAGAUGAAGAAGAUGGGAGACAUGCAGCUGUCGUCUGUCACUGACACUAAGAAGAGAAAGACAAUCCUGGAUCAGAUCUUCCUUUGGGAGCAGAACCUGGAACAGUUUCACAUGGAUCUAUUUCGCUUCAGGUGUUAUCUGGCCAGCCUUCAGGGAGGAGAACUGCCCAACCCUAAACGUCUGCUGGCUGUUGCCUCCCGCCCCACUAAGCUGGCAAUGGGCCGACUGGGUAUUUUCUCUGUGUCCUCCUUCCACGCACUGGUGGCCGCACGCACAGAGACUGGAAUACGACGGCGAACACAGGCCAUGUCUCGUUCCUGCAGCAAGCGCAAGAGCAGGUUCUCCUCACUGUGGGGUUUGGACACUACCUCAAAGAAAAACACAAAAGCCCACCCAACUAUUAACCAGGUCUUUGCUGAUGGGAGCAACAUGGAAAAACAGGCUGUAGAUGAGGUUUUAGUGAACCCGGCUAAGGAACACAGAAAAAGUGAGGAAGGAAGUGUGAGGAUUCUCCCACGGCCCAGCACAGAGAGUGACAUCUGGGUCCCUGACCACCUGACCCCCUCCUGGGUUUGUUUGCCCAAUGACCAGCCAGUAUUAGCCAUCAUCCAACCAGGGGAGUCAGCGCUGUGCGUUCUGGAAAACAUCUGCAAGGCUCACAAGCUGGACCCUACGAAGCACUACUUACAGCUCAAGUUCCUCAUUGAAAACAAAGUGCAGUUCUACAUCCCUAAACCUGAGGAGGACAUAUGUGACCUGAUCUAUAAAGAAAUUGAACUCCACUCCAAGAUUACCAAAGUGAUCCAGUUUGACAGAGACGAGUCCUGCAUGAUAGGAUACGGUUUCUCCAUUUCGGUGGUGGAGGAAGACGGUGUUCAGCAGCUCUACAUCACUGACGUGAAGGCUGGUGGAUUAGCCUUUGCCAAAGGUUUGAAUGCAGGCGAUGAAAUACUGGAGCUGAAUGGAAAAGGCUCCCACAGUCUCACCUUCUCUGACAUGAAGGCAGCUUUCUCCCAAGCUUCACUAGCGUUGACGGUCAACACGAUGCCCUCUGUGGACCGCCGUCAGCUCUGCUAUCUGCCGCCACGUCGCUCAGACGAAGAUGAAGAUGGCUACACUGACAUCUUCUCUCAGAACCAAGAGGAGAGACUUGACGAUGGUGUUGGUCUGUUCGUGGAGAGCUCAGGAGACAGCCUGGACGAUGACUCUGAGAUAUUCAGCGAGUCAGAAUGCAGUAAAAGCACGGAGCAGGUCACUGCCUUCUGUCGCAGUCUCCAUGACAUGAAUCCGUCGGAGUGUUUAUCGUCUUCUCCGAGCCCGGACUCACCCUUUCCAUCUCCACUGACGCCUCGACAGCUUUCUGAUGCCGACAAGCUCCGUAAAGUCAUCUGUGAGCUGGUGGAGACAGAACGCACCUACGUCAAAGAUCUGAAUUGGCUGAUUGGGAGAUAUUUAACCCCACUGCAAAAAGAGACAUUUCUCACUCAAGACGAGCUGGAUGUGCUGUUUGGAAACCUUCCAGAAAUGGUGGAGUUCCAAGUUGAGUUUCUCAAAACCCUGGAAGAUGGGACUCGACUGGUCCCGGAUCUGGAGAAGCUGGAGAGGGUGGAUCAGUUUAAGAAAAUUCUCUUUUCCCUCGGAGGCUCCUUCCUGUACUAUGCAGACCGUUUUAAAAUCUACAGUGCUUUCUGUGCCAGCCACACCAAAGUCCCUAAGGUCCUUGUAAAGGCUAAAACAGACCACGAAUUCAAGGCCUUCCUGGAUGAACGCAACCCUAAGCAGCAGCACUCCUCCACACUGGAGUCGUACCUUAUCAAACCGAUCCAGAGGGUUCUGAAGUAUCCUCUUCUACUGAAGGAACUCUACUCACUCACAGACCCGGACAGCGAGGAGCACUACCACCUGGAUGUUGCCAUGAAGGCCAUGAAUAAAGUUGCCAGCCACAUCAAUGAGAUGCAGAAGAUCCACGAGGAGUUUGGAGCCGUGUUCGAUCAGCUCAUCGUGGAGCAGAGCAGCGAAAAGAAAGAGGUGGCUGAUUUGUCUAUGGGGGAUUUGUUGCUCCACACCAGUGUGACCUGGAUCAAUCCUCCUGCCUCCUUGGGAAAAUGGAAGAAAGAGCCUCAGAUUGUUAUAUUUGUGUUUAAAACUGCCGUGGUCUUCGUGUGCAAGGAUGGAUCUAAACAGAAGAAGAAAAUGGGUGCCUCCCAUCGAGUCUCCAUAUCUUCAGAUGAGAAAGAUCCAUUCCGAUUCCGUCACAUGAUCCCAACUGAUGCUCUUCAAGUCCGAUCCUUGUCUAAUACAGAUGUUGAGGGCUCUACUCUCUGUGAGAUCGUCCACCAACGCUCAGAGUCAGAGGGAAGGCCAGAGAGGACGUUUCAGCUGUGCUGUAGUUCUCCAGAGAGCAGAAAAGACUUUUUGAAAACAGUCCAUUCGAUCUUGAGGGAGAAGCACCGGCGUCAGCUCCUAAAAACAGAGAGCCUACCCCUCAGCCAGCAGUAUGUUCCCUUUGGAGGGAAGCGUCUGUGUGCCUUGAAGGGGGCACGUCCCACCAUAAAUAGAGCAGCGUCAGCUCCAACCAGGACUCUUGGCAGAAGAAAACUUGUGCGCAACCGUUUCACCAUUGACACAGACAUUGUUUUUGACGGUGAACCCGACCAGGACCUCACGUCCUCACAGGAGCUGGACUCUGAUCCGCUGCCGAAGGAGGAGAAAGCCGAGCAGCUGCAGCCUGAGCUGACGGGUGACACAGACCGCUGGGUGGAGGAGCAGUUCCACUUAGAAGACUAUGAGGAGCAGGAGGAGAUGAAGGAGACUGACAUCCUGAGCGACGACGACGACGAGUUCUGUCAGACUCCCAGGGCCACGUCGGCUGAAGCAGACCUAGAGGCUUCUGUCACGGCCUUGUCCUUGGAAAGUGAGGACACUGAGGAGAGCGAAAGCCUCAUGUCCCCGACCGUCGGUGGGACUGAUGCUGUGGACGAUCCCCAAAAAGCAGAAGGAGAUGAGGUUUGGGUGCGGAGGGAUGAACUGACGCCGCCUUCAGACUAGAUGCUUCAUCCAGAGACACCAGCUCCUCUGUAAGUCGACACCAACAAUGCAUGAGCAUUGAUGUAUUUCACUAAGCUACUUUAAAAAACCCUUUUGUGUGUUUAAAUAACCAGAGUGGGGAAGAGAACCCUCUCCCACAUCACAUGCUGUUGCUUUGAGGUCAGGUAUAAAAGCUUUGGCUGAUGAUGUAAAGGUACAAUCAUGGAAUUUACCCAGUGGCUUUGAUUGGCAUGGUUUGCACAUUUGGGCAGCGUUCUGAAGUUCUGCCUGCUGUUGCCAAAUCUGAGUAUUUUAUGAACUCAAAUUAUCUUUUCCUUUAGUCAAGUGUGACGCAGACAUGUUGUAGUGAAGGGCUGGAUAUUAUUUGUCCCUAAAGAACUACGUUCAGAUUAUUCAAAGGAACGGUCAUGUGAUUGUGUUUGCUGUCUCUCCUUCACAUGGAUAUACUGUGCAUCUUCAGGAGAUGUUAGACCAAGUUUUUUUUUUCUUUAAACAGAUAGAAAACUGACUACAGUCUACUCGCAUGAUACUGAGAACCCAGGACCCCUAGUCAACAACAUUAAGGCAUUAAGCAGUUUAUUCAACCUAGAUAUUUGGCCCAGAUUUGGUUACAAUCUGUCUUAUCUUACCCAAAUCCAGACCUGUUCACCGUCACAGGUAAAAUAAAAAUUAAUAAGACAAAAAACUGAGGAUUUUGGUCUAAGAUUUGUUUCUGUUUUGACAUUUUAUAACUGAUAUUUGAGAUUAAGAGAGUUAUUUUAUUCUCUGAAAUAAUUAUAUAAAUAUAUGAUAUAUUAAGUAUUAAGUCCAGAAAAGAUAGACUCUGAGUAUAGUCAAAGAUUCUAGAAUAUGAUAGUAGAAUAUGAUCAUUUUAUAUCAUAUUUUAAAUCAGGUGAAUUCAAAAAUAAUUUUUACUGUUCUAUAAAUUAUCAAAAAAGUUUUAAACUUGGAGCGAAAUUGUAUCGUACAGAAAGCAAAAAGAGUCAAAACAAUUAAAUCCAAAUGUCCCAUUAUCCGAAAAGCAAAAAUGUAAAAUCAUAGUAUUCAUAGUAUUUAGACAUUUUCAUUUAAAUUCAGAGAACAAAACCACAUUUCCUUCUUGAGCAGGAGAAGGUGUUGAUGUUUAAUUUCAAACAAUCCUGUUUUACUUGAACCUUCAUUUGCUGUCUCAUGUUUUUUGCUAGAGUCACUGUGAAACAUUUCCUCUCAGUUUUGCUCUGGUUUUAUUAAGUGUUUCAUUUGUGAUGUAAAGAACUUUAACUCUAGAUACUUUUACACACCCGUGUGUUCAGGAACAUUGAAACUUGGCUAUGGUUAACCAGCCAUUUCUAUUUAUUCAUAUGUAAAUUAAUUUGUGAGCAGAAUUCAAAUAUGUUUUUUUGUAUUAUUUUCAAAAUAAAUAUCCAAAUGUGCUUGAGCAAUCAACAAGUCAGACAUGAGAAAGACAGUGUAACCUGUGAAAAGUAAUUGUGCUACCAGGACUUUGUUUUUAUUAGUGUGUAAAUAGAACUGUAUUGAUAUAAUAAAACAAUUGUUUCCUA